GUCAGGCCGCCUCCCAUUCAGUAUAAAACCUACCAGUCAGACCCACUCUUCCUCUUUCUGUUACCUGGCUAGGGGCAAUAGCUUUGGCCGUGAAAACGCUGAAACACCGAAACUAAAAAUGGGAAAGGAAAAGACCCACAUUAACAUCGUGGUCAUUGGCCAUGUCGACUCCGGCAAGUCCACCACGACCGGCCACCUCAUCUACAAGUGCGGAGGAAUCGACAAGAGAACUAUCGAGAAGUUUGAGAAGGAAGCUGCCGAGAUGGGCAAAGGCUCCUUCAAGUAUGCCUGGGUGCUGGACAAACUGAAGGCUGAGCGUGAGCGUGGUAUCACCAUUGACAUUGCUCUGUGGAAGUUUGAGACCAGCAAGUACUAUGUGACCAUCAUCGAUGCCCCUGGACACAGGGACUUCAUCAAGAACAUGAUCACUGGUACCUCUCAGGCUGACUGCGCUGUGCUGAUUGUUGCUGCGGGUGUUGGUGAGUUCGAGGCUGGUAUCUCCAAGAACGGCCAGACCCGUGAGCACGCCCUGCUGGCCUUCACCCUCGGUGUGAAGCAGCUCAUCGUUGGAGUAAACAAGAUGGACUCCACCGAGCCCCCGUACAGCCAAAAGCGUUUUGAGGAAAUCACCAAGGAAGUGAGCGCCUACAUCAAGAAGAUCGGCUACAACCCCGCUGCUGUUUCCUUCGUCCCCAUCUCUGGGUGGCAUGGAGACAACAUGCUGGAGGCCAGUGACAAGAUGAGCUGGUUCAAGGGAUGGAAGAUUGAACGCAAGGAGGGUAAUGCCACUGGAACCACUCUGCUGGAAUCUCUGGAUGCUAUCCUGCCACCAGCUCGCCCCACUGACAAGCCCCUGCGUCUGCCCCUGCAGGAUGUCUACAAAAUCGGCGGUAUUGGAACUGUCCCCGUCGGCCGUGUUGAGACCGGCAUCCUGAAGCCCGGUAUGGUCGUCACCUUCGCUCCCCCCAACCUGACCACUGAGGUGAAGUCUGUGGAGAUGCACCAUGAGUCUCUGCCUGAGGCUGUCCCUGGUGACAACGUUGGUUUCAACGUCAAGAAUGUGUCUGUCAAGGAAAUCCGUCGUGGAUAUGUGGCUGGCGACAGCAAGAACGACCCACCCAAGGCUGCUGAAAGCUUCAAUGCCCAGGUCAUUAUCCUGAACCACCCUGGCCAGAUCAGUGAAGGUUAUGCCCCAGUGCUGGACUGCCACACCUGUCACAUUGCCUGCAAGUUCAGCGAGCUCAAGGAAAAAACUGACCGUCAUUCUGGCAAGAAGCUUGAGGACAACCCCAAGUUUCUCAAGUCUGGAGAUGCUGCCAUUAUCAAACUAGUUCCACAGAAGCCCAUGGUUGUGCAGCCCUUUUCCAAUUACCCUCCCCUUGGUGAGUGGUUUUACUUGUUAGAUAAUAGGCAGACUGUGGCCGUCGGUGUCAUCAAGUCUGUGGAGAAGAAGUUGGCCUCAGGUGGAAAGGUCACCAAGUCUGCGCAGAAGGCCGAGAAGAAGAAAUGAAUUGUCGUGCAGGACGUCCAACAAAAAGUCACGUCUCAGCAGCAGCGGGCCGCCCCACACCCUCUUCUUCCCUGCCACCUGUCUUCUCUGAGGCCGAGCUCUCUACUCAAGGACUGGCUUAUGCUGAUUAAAACCCAUCGCAAAAAUUUUCGCAGGAAAAAACUGUGGCAUUGUCGUGUACCUGAAUCACAAGACGGUGCCUCUUCUCAGUUACAUUUAAGUUGGGAAAUGGUUUAGAACUAUCUUGAUGAAACAAAUCUAAUUGGAGAGCAAGCUGCUGGUAACUAAUAAAAUAUAUUUGAAAAAAUUGUAA